CAGAGUUGAACAAUGACCAUAGUUGACAAAGCUUCUGAAUCUUCAGACCCAUCAGCCUAUCAGAAUCAGCCUGGCAGCUCUGAGGCAGUCUCACCUGGAGACAUGGAUGCAGGUUCUGCCAGCUGGGGUGCUGUGUCUUCAUUAAAUGAUGUGUCAAAUCACACACUUUCUUUAGGACCAGUACCUGGUGCUGUAGUUUAUUCAAGUUCAUCUGUACCUGAUAAAUCAAAACCAUCACCACAGAAGGAUCAAGCCCUAGGUGAUGGCAUCGCUCCUCCACAGAAAGUUCUUUUCCCAUCAGAGAAGAUCUGUCUUAAGUGGCAGCAAACUCAUAGAGUUGGAGCUGGGCUCCAGAAUUUGGGCAAUACCUGUUUUGCCAAUGCAGCACUGCAGUGUUUAACUUACACACCACCUCUCGCCAAUUACAUGCUCUCACAUGAACACUCCAAAACAUUCCAUAAUUCAUUCCCCACAGACAGCUUUCCUCUCACUUUUGCGCUUAAUGAAAGUAGGGUGUGGAUGAAAACCCAGCACUAUCCCUGGUGCCGAAACGGUUGGGGAUUCUGGUCUAAAGGGCCUGAUCCUGCUUAUAGCUUAUGUAUAGCUAGGCACUUUCGUUUUGGAAACCAAGAAGAUGCCCAUGAAUUCCUUCAAUACACUGUUGAUGCUAUGCAAAAAGCAUGCUUGAAUGGCAGCAAUAAAUUGGACAGACACACCCAGGCCACCACUCUCGUUUGUCAGAUAUUUGGAGGAUACCUAAGAUCUAGAGUCAAAUGUUUAAAUUGCAAGGGCGUUUCAGAUACUUUUGAUCCAUAUCUUGAUAUAACAUUGGAGAUAAAGGCUGCUCAGAGUGUUAACAAGGCGUUGGAGCAGUUUGUGAAGCCGGAACAGCUUGAUGGAGAAAACUCAUACAAGUGCAGCAAGUGUAAAAAGAUGGUUCCAGCUUCAAAGAGGUUCACUAUCCAUAGAUCCUCUAACGUUCUUACACUUUCUCUGAAACGUUUUGCAAAUUUUACUGGUGGAAAAAUUGCUAAGGAUGUGAAAUAUCCUGAGUAUCUUGAUAUUCGGCCAUAUAUGUCUCAACCCAACGGAGAGCCGAUUGUUUACGUCUUGUAUGCAGUGCUGGUCCACACUGGUUUUAAUUGCCAUGCUGGCCAUUACUUCUGCUACAUAAAAGCUAGCAAUGGCCUCUGGUAUCAAAUGAAUGACUCCAUUGUAUCUACCAGUGAUAUUAGAUCGGUACUCAGCCAACAAGCCUAUGUGCUCUUUUAUAUCAGGUCUCAUGAUGUGAAAAAUGGAGGUGAACUUACUCAUCCCACCCAUAGCCCCGGCCAGUCCUCUCCCCGCCCCGUCAUCAGUCAGCGGGUUGUCACCAACAAACAGGCUGCACCAGGGUUUAUCGGACCACAGCUUCCCUCUCACAUGAUAAAGAAUCCACCUCACUUAAAUGGGACUGGACCAUUGAAAGACACACCAAGCAGUUCCAUGUCAAGUCCUAACGGGAAUUCCAGUGUCAACAGGGCUAGUCCUGUUAAUGCUUCAGCUUCUGUCCAAAACUGGUCAGUUAAUAGGUCUUCAGUGAUCCCAGAACAUCCUAAGAAACAAAAAAUUACAAUCAGUAUUCACAACAAGUUGCCUGUUCGCCAGUGUCAGUCUCAGCCUAACCUUCAUAGCAAUUCUUUGGAGAACGCUGCCAAGCCCGUUCCCUCUUCUACCAUUACCAAUUCUGCAGUACAGUCUACCUCGAACGCAUCUACGAUGUCAGUUUCUAGUAAAGUAACAAAACCGAUCCCCCGCAGCGAAUCCUGUUCCCAGCCCGUGAUGAAUGGCAAAUCCAAGCUGAACUCCAGUGUGCUGGUCCCCUAUGGCGCCGAGUCCUCUGAGGACUCUGACGAGGAGUCGAAGGGGCUGGGCAAGGAGAAUGGGAUUGGUACGAUUGCGAGCUCCCACUCUCCCGGCCGAGAUGCCGAAGAUGAGGAGGCCGCUCCGCACGAGCUCCAAGAACCCAUGACCCUAAACGGUGCUAAUAGUGCAGACAGCGACAGUGACCCAAAAGAAAACGGCCUGCCGCCUGAUGGUGCCAGCUGCCAAGGCCAGCCUGCCCUGCACUCAGAAAAUCCCUUUGCUAAGGCAAACGGUCUUCCUGGAAAGUUGAUGCCUGCUCCUUUGCCGUCUCUCCCAGAAGACAAAAUCUUAGAGACCUUCAAGUUUAGCAACAAACUGAAAGGCUCGACAGAUGAAAUGAGGCCCAGCCCCGGCGAGCGCCGCUCUCUGGGCAGGUACAGUCACCACCACUCCCGACACCGGAGUGGGGCGGAGCCGGACUGGGUCAGACACCACUACACCGAGGGCGAGCAUGGCUGGGGCCGGGAGAAGUUCUACGCCGACAGGCCGCGCUGGGACAGGUGCCGGUACUACCAUGACAGGUACGCCCCGUACGCCGCCCGGGACUGGAAGCCCUUCCACGGCGGCCGCGAGCACGAGCGGGCCGGGCUGCAUGAGCGGCCGCACAAGGACCACAGCCGGGGCCGUAGGGGCUGCGAGCCGGCCCGGGAGAGGAAGCGGCACCGCCCUGGCAGCCCCCGUGCAGGAGCGCCCCACGCCCUCGCCCCGCACCCUGACCGCUUCUCCCACGACAGAACUGCACUUGUAGCUGGAGACAACUGUAACCUCUCUGAUCGGUUUCACGAACACGAAAAUGUAAAGUCACGGAAACGGAGACACGACAGCGUGGAAAACAGUGACAGCCAUGGCGAAAAGAAAGCCCGGAGGAGCGAACAGAAGGACCCUCUAGAAGAGCCUAAAGCGAAGAAGCACAAAAAAUCAAAGAAGAAAAAGAAAUCCAAAGACAAACACCGAGACCGCGACUCCAGGCAUCAGCAGGACUCAGACCUCUCAGCAGCGUGCUCUGACGCUGACCUCCACAGACACAAAAAAAAGAAGAAGAAAAAGAAGAGACAUUCAAGAAAAUCAGAGGACUUUGUUAAAGAUUCAGAACUGCACUUACCCAGGGCCGCCAGCUUGGAGACUGUUGCCCAGUUCCGGAGAGCCCAGGGCGGCUUUCCUCUGCCUGGUGGCCCGCCUCUGGAAGGCGUCGGACCUUUCCGUGAGAAAACGAAACACUUACGGAUGGAAAGCAGGGAUGACAGGUGUCAUCUCUUUGAGUAUGGCCAGGGUAAGAGGAGAUACUUGGAAUUAAGAAGAUAG